CCGCGCGGCACACAUGGCCGAGUUUGGGAGCGUCGAACUAGGGAGGAAAUUCAUGCCAGUGUUGUCCGAGAAGGCAGAUGUCAUUGGGGGAGCUCCUCGUCACGACGACCCCUCCAUUCGUGAUAUCCCGAUACCCGGCCGCACGUACCACAUUUGUCUCUGUCAAUGGACAGGCUGCCUGGACAACUCGCGACUAGUCUGCUGGAACUUUAUGGACAACAAAACCGGCAAACCUCGACUGUGGCCUUCCAACUUGCAGAUCUACGCCAAUUACGAUGGCGACAUUAUCCGCUUCGCCUCGAUAGAGAAAGGCAGCAAUUUUGAUCUGAAGAAAUUGGAUUGGCCGGAAGGCACGACCGAGACCUUCUGCGCCGAUGACAGCUCGGUCAUUGACUUCGUCGUCGGGCAGAAGACUCUCUUGUGUUUGCUGCUUCCGUCUCGGCCACAGUGAGACCUCCGCGUAUCAGGAAGUACAGGGAGCAUAAGAUACUGUUGAUCGAAGAGGAUGAAGGCAAUGAAGGGCGAAGACGAUGAAGACAACGGCGAAGCGUCUAGUACCCAUUUAUUUUCUCCUGUCGCGUUGCAACUCCAUAUUGAACUUUCCUCAAGGUCUUCUGACGUGAGACAUACGAUGAAUUAACCAGGACAUGAAUACAUACAGUACCAACGAGAACAUGCAAUCGACAUACAUACCGGCCAAGACAGCAGAUACAGUAGGCAUCCAAACGCGAAUGCUGACGCCAUAAGCUACAGAGCAAGAUCAUCUAUGC